AUGAACUACGACACUGCCCCGGCUGAGCUCGGAGGCUCCGGAGCCGGGACCCAGAACCCCGAGUCUCUGGCUUGUGUGACCUGCCGGUCUCGCAAAUUGAAAUGCGACAGAGUGAAACCUGCGUGCAGUCGCUGUCGAAAGGUCAAUGGCGACUGCAUAUAUCCUCAGGUCGAAGGUCUUCUCAAGGAGAGCGACACAAGGCCAUUCAAUCCCGCCAAUUGGGCCAACCUUCCGCAAGAUCAGUGGCUGACAGGGGUCUUUGACGACUUCCUAAUUGAUCCCGAUAUUGGAAUGGCAAAACAUCGCGCCUCCAUCCCAGGAUCAGAAAGCCUGCUGCAGAAUGCGGCCGUUCCUGGCCUCGAGGUGCCUCCAACGUUCGCGCCAUCGGGGGAAUUGGUGGCGCUUGGAUUGACAGAGCCACUGCCCCCCUUCGAGUUGAUGGAGGAAAUGAACAACACAUACUUCCAGCGUCAGCACCCUUUCCUUCCCAUGAUUCAUCCGGGACGGUAUUUUCAGGCCUUUUACUCGGUACCGCAUAAAAGGCCCCCCAUGUGCCUACAGUAUGCCAUCUGGGCGACAGCGUCUAAUGGUCAUGAGAAGUAUUCGCAAUAUCAUGACGUGUUCUACAAGCGUGCCCGACAAUAUGCGGACAAUGAUGAGAUGCGGGGCUAUGGCGAACACUUUGUCACGAUAGCUCACGCCCAGACAUGGGGACUACUUGCGAUGACCGAGGCGCGCAGCAUGCUUUUCACAAGAGCUGCCAUGAGUUCGGCCAAGGCAGUCCGUCUUGUAGAGAUGAUGGACCUGCACCGAAUUGAUGGCGCUGGACACGACGUGGCUCCUACGCUGGCGCCGCCCAAGGACUGGACUGACGUUGAGGAGCGCCGCAGAGUGUUCUGGGGUGUUUUCACGAUUGACUGCCAUGCAAGUAUAUCUACUGGCUGGCCGACGUUGAUCGAUCCCCACGAUAUCACAACAAACCUGCCUUCUUCAGAAGAAGCCUUCAAUGAAUGCCGGGAGGAGAGGACCUCCAGUCUGGCAGAAGCUUUCUCUGGGGCUUGGUACUCGACGUUCUCGGGGCCGAUCAUCAUCUGCCACAUUUUCAACGAGAUUCUACGGCAUGUUCACCGAACCAAGGCAACAGACCGCCCAGAAGACGUUGAGUAUGGAGGGUUCUGGCACAAACAUCGAAAGCUCGAUAACAUAAUCUCCAGUGCAUUCAUGUUCAUGCCCGAAAGGUUUCGACUACCGAAAAACCUGCGGAACCCGACAGCCGUGCACACCAACCUGAAUCUGCAUGCCGGUAUAAUUUGCCUGCACCAUGCUGCCGUCGACAAGGUCGAGACCUAUAAUCUACCCGAGUCUUUGCGUAUCGCGUCUCAAUCACGGUUGAGAACGGCGGCAGAGGAGAUCGUUAACAUUGUCCGGCUAUCGAGUCAUGUGAGCCCCGGGUUUAAAAGCCCUCUCGCUGCUCUAUCUAUGUACUGUGCUGUAUCAGUCUAUGUCUACAUCGCCAAGAUAAGCCCGCAGUCCGGGCUCUCGCGCACUGAUCUUAACAACCUUGAAUUCUUGAUAAACGCCAUGGAAUCUAUUGCCAAGAAUCAUCUCAUCACGCAGGCGUUCCUGCAACAAAUCUGCGCCGACGUCGAGAUGAAUGGCCUAGCCUCUUUCAUAAACUUGCCAAGCUUGGCGAACCACAGGAAUGCGUUUGGAUGGUCGUCUCCCAAUGUCCCCCUGCUCGUCAAAAGUUACCUUACGAAGCACACGGGGAUUCAGCCACCGCUAUCGGGCAGGCUGCCUCCCGGCAACCGCCACCCAUCCACUGCUCGCCCGGGACAGUCUGGCUCGAGCGUGGAAGAGCUGAAUGAUCCGCCCGGGUUCAGCGAUGUGCUACCGCGUUCAGCACAAGACAUUCCGGGCAAGAGGAAGCGGCCGGCACAACCUACACAAUUUCCCGAGAAUCCGGGCGCAGAGUACGACAACAUAAAUUUCAACGACGUGGGCACCCACACCAACGAAUUUUUUAGCCGGUCGGGGCGAGGUAUGUACGGCAGCGGUCUGCUUCGCGCCACAGGUGUUGCACCCCGAGUCAACACAGGGCCAGUCGUCCUGCCGCAUAGGACAAGCACAACGGCAUCACCUUCGAGGUACAAUAUCAGCACACCCUCCCAGGCCACAAGUGGGGACACGCCUGGCCCGAGCAUGGGGUUCGUGGAGGGCGAAGACACAGGUGUCGGUUCUCUGAGCCACGAAGGGCUUCCUCCUCUCGCGUCGGCAGUUCCACCUUCGUUCUCAGGGGCUUUCGGCAUGCCAAGCUCCUUCAUGUUCUCACCUGAUGAGAACAGCAUGGGGGAUAUGCCGCUAGGCGCAGCCGGGGCUGCUGGUGCCGGGAUUGGACCGUCCGGGGUGGACCCGUGGACCAUGUUGGCAGGAAACGAUGAGGGAAGUUGGCCAUCGGCAGGUCUCGCUGGGGCCAAAACGAACUGA